AUUGGCCCGUGGCGGCCGGCCCCCGGCGCGGGUUUAUGUGCGGGCGCGGGGAUGCGCUGGAGCAGUCCAAGGACGUUGCGGCGCGAGGGCGCGGGCGCUGCUGCUGCUGCUGCUGCUGCUGCUGCUGCUGGUCGUCUCCGCGCAGCGCUGCGCGCUCUUUUUUGGGGGGGAGGGAGGGGUGGGCAACCCCCCCCCCUAAAAAAAAAACAAACCCCAACCCCCCCCCAAAAAAAGAGAAGAAGAGGAGAGGGGGCGGGUUGCCGCGGGGUAGGCACCCCCGCCCCUGCGGCCCCGCGGGCUCCCCCCCAUGAGCAUGCUGCUGGACGGCGGGCCGCAGUUCCCCGCGCUGGGCGUGGGCGGCUUCGGGGCUCCGCGGCACCCGCACGACGUGGGGAACCGCGAGGCCGCCGCGGCCGCUGCCGCUGCCGCCGCCAUGGGGCUGAACCCCUUCGCGGACACGACCCACGCCGCCGCCUUCAAGCUGAGCCCGGCCACGCACGACCUCGCCUCGAGCCAGAGCUCCGCCUUCACCCCGCAAGCUCCGGGCUACGGGCACCCCCCGCACCCGCACCCGCACCCGCACGGCGGGCAGGUGCCGCCCUACGCGGGCGCCGCCGCCGCCGCCUUCAAUUCCACGCGGGAUUUUCUGUUCCGCAACCGCGGGGAAGCCGCGCCGGGCGGCGCGCAGCACGGGCUGUUCGCCGGCUCCCACGGGCCGCCGGGGCUGGCGGAGCCGCCGGGCUACCUGCUCUUCCCGGGGCUGCACGAGCAGAGCCCGAGCCACGCGUCGCCCACGGGCCACGCGGACAACGCGGCGGCGCUGGGGCUGCGCGGGGAGCUGUUCGGCCGGCCGGAGCCGUACCGCGGCGUGGCCAGCCCCCGCGCGGAUCCGUACGCGGGCGCGCAGUUCCACAACUACAACGCCAUGAACGUGAACGUGGGCAUGAACGUGGCCGCCGCGGCCGCGCACCACCACCACCACCACCACCAUCACCACCACCACGGGCCCGGCGCUUUCUUCCGCUACAUGCGCCAGCCCAUCAAGCAAGAGCUGUCGUGCAAGUGGGUGGACGAGGGGCAGCUCAGCCGACCCAAAAAGAGCUGCGACCGGACUUUCAGCACCAUGCACGAGCUGGUCACGCAUGUCACCAUGGAGCACGUCGGCGGCCCCGAGCAGAACAACCACAUCUGCUACUGGGAGGAGUGCCCGCGCGACGGCAAGUCCUUCAAGGCCAAGUACAAGCUGGUCAACCACAUCCGCGUGCACACGGGCGAGAAGCCCUUCCCCUGCCCCUUCCCCGGCUGCGGCAAGAUCUUCGCCCGCUCCGAGAACCUGAAGAUCCACAAAAGGACGCACACAGGUGAGAAGCCCUUCAAGUGCGAGUUUGAGGGCUGCGACCGGCGCUUCGCCAACAGCAGCGACAGGAAGAAGCACAUGCACGUGCACACCUCGGACAAGCCCUACAUCUGCAAGGUGUGCGACAAGUCCUACACGCACCCCAGCUCCCUGCGCAAGCACAUGAAGGUUCACGAGUCGCAGGGCUCCGAUUCCUCCCCCGCCGCCAGUUCAGGCUACGAGUCGUCCACGCCGCCCGCCCUCGCCUCGGCCGGCAGCAAAGACUCGACGAAACCCCCCCCGGCCGCCGCGCCCAGCGGCGCCGGCCACAACCCCGGCCUGCCCCCCAAUUUCAACGAGUGGUACGUCUGAGCCGGCCACGGGACCACCGGGACUGGGACCGACCCGACCCACGGCCACACGGAACCGGGGAGUGCUCCCCCACGCGCCGGCUGCAGCUCCGGCUUGGCCCAUCGGAGUCUCUCCCCCCCGCACCACCGGGCGAGCCACGGCCUUUUCUCAGGAUCGGAUUCGUUUCCUCCCCACCCCUCCUUUUUUUAUUUUAUUUUUUUUUUUUUACCCCGCUUUUAAUUUUCCUCCCCUCCUUCGGUGCCCUCCUCGCCCCGUUUCUUUCUCCCUUUGCAACCCCGACGUGAAACGUUUCCUUCUUUCGCUGGGGAGAUCGACCCGAGGAUGGAAAGAAACCCCCCUCCGCCUUAGUGCUGAUUGUUUGCAACUCACAGUCUUAAACCGUGCCAAAGUUCCUGUUAUGUCUUGAACUUUCCUCUCUCUCUCUCUUUCUCUCUCUCUCUUUCUCUCUCAGCAUUACACUUGUGAAUGUAUUCUCGUCUGAUGGGGUCGCUCCGUGUUUUUUCAGGAUGAAGGGUGUGGUGUUCUGCCCGGAUCGUGACCGUUUUCGAGUCUGAAACCGUUGCCUUUUUGUAAUAACUUCUUCUUCUUCUUCUUUUUUUUUUUUUUUUGUAAAUACAUAUCCGCGAUGCCAUAUUUAUCGUUUGUAAUUUAAGGAUCGAGACAAAAAAAAAAAAAGUGCCGGGAACUGAACAAUAUUUAUGGAGAGGGAAAAAAAAAAGAAUUAAUAAUAAUAAUUAAUAAUAAUAAUGGUUUUCUAACAAAAUAAAAAAAAGAAAGAAAGAAAGAGUGGGGAAAAAAACGAAACAAACACAAGAAAAUUCCCUGGGAACGGAUGGGAACUCUGUACAGCUUUUGGUUAUAACUGCUUUAGCAUUAAAAGUUUAUUGUUUUGGAAAGAGCCCGUUCCCCGCGUUUUUCCACCCAAUUCCCCCUCCUCUCUCCGGGCAGCUCUUUCCCCUGGUAGCCCGGUUCCCUGCCGGGCCCGGCCCGCUGCCGUGGUCGCGGUGCUGUGCUGUUGCGUGUGUCCCCCCCUUGUCCCGCCAGCCUCCCCCGCGCCCCCUCGGACUUGUGCUGUUGCAAACCCAGUGUUGCCGGUGGAGUCACGUCUGUCUGGGAGCAGGAGGUAAACGACACCCGGCUGCGGAGAGCGGGCGGAGGAGCAGCUCUGCCCGCGGGUGUCUGUGUGUCCCAGGCAGCGCGGGUCCGGAGGGGGUGAAGAGCUGUUUACUUCGGAUUAAAGUAAGUGCUGCUUCAUCUAUCCCCAGUGUAGUGGGGGUGGUGGUGGGGGAGGACGCACCAGACACCCCCCACCCCCAUCUGCUUCUGCACAUUGUAAUGUUUUAAAUAUCUAUUUAAAAAAUGGGGGGGAAAGCCAAAGGAAACCGAGUCCGCGCCUGACGGGCUGGUCCAGGAGGAGCCGCUGCGCCUUCUCUUUGCAUCCCCUUGCAGAGCUCGGGCUUCGGGCAUCGCAUCUCCGGCCAAAGGGAGCAUCCCGGCGGGGCGCCGCCGCAGCAAGCCCCCGCUGCCCGGGGCAUUUCGGCGCGAGGCCCGGGAGCUGCUCCUGGCUGCAGUUGCGGGGGAGCAAAAAAACGCUGGACUUGAUUUUUUUUAAAUUAGUUUUUGUUUCUUCUAGGACGAGCCGGGAUCGGACGGAGAAGCUCGUGGGCUUCGGAGAAGUUUUUCGCCUCCUAAGUCUGGCCCAGCAGCCGGAGCCAAGCCGGCGGGGCCCCGAUCCGGGCCGGGACACGAGGACGGGACGGGACGGGACGGGACGCACGCUCCGCAGCCGCGCAGGUGUCCUAACGCAGUGGCACCCCAGGACUGGAAAUAUAAAAGGCCAAGAGCUGCUUGCCUGCGUUGUGCCAGCAGCCCCAUCGAAGAUCCUGCAAGGAAAAUGAAGUGUCUCAUGAAAUGGAGUUGUUCUGAACAUCAGGAUUUUUUUUUUUUAGUUUUUAAAAGUCCUGUUUUGACUCAUUUUUGGGUGAGGUUGCUUAGGUCCGCUCUGCCAACACCAAAAAAAAAUAAUUAUCCAGGUGUCUUUUUUUUUUAACUUUCUGCAAUGGUUCCAUAACGCAGGGAAACCUUGCUAUUUUUAAUUCUGAAAUGCUAUUCUUCACAUCUAGCAAGUAUUAUCUUUGUUUUUAAUAAGCCCUCCCAAACCUCACGUGCCCAGAAAAUUGUUCUCUUGAACAACGGCCCCAUCGAGACAAUCCUAGAAUAAUCAGCAUGAGGAAUGGAUGUCAGCCGUGGAUGGAUUGCUGUGUUUCUGGGUAACAUAAUGCCAUUUUAAUAUCUUGUUUUUAAUUCAGCUCAGAGCACCGCUUGAUGGACAAGGAUGCAGCCUGAAGUCAGUUGUUAGAGGUUAUGGCAGCAAUGAUUUCACACAACCAAUUGCACCUCAGCUAUUAUUAAGGAUAUGAUGACCUUUUUGGUUGCAAUCCUGAAAUGCUCACUACCCCUUGCCCUUUGUCAGCGCUGGUUAGCUUCUGGGCCAGACAAAGCAGCAGGUUCAGUUAACUCCUGCCCAUUAGCAUAUUAAAUGAAGAAGAGCAUUUUAGCAGCAACAGUGAUUGCAUUGACUGAUCAGUUGCCGUUACCUAGUAGUCAUCAUGUUUCCCUUGGCUAACGAGAUCGGAUGCCAGCAAUUCAGUCUUCAAACCAGUGAGGUUUGAUAAAGAAAUCUUUUAAAUUUUCCUUGUGCACUUCAGCUCGUGUCUUUUCCUCCUAGCCUGGCAUCUGUUGCAGUCCUCGAGCGUUUCUGAGCCUGCAAUUAUUUGGAUGCCUGCCCGUUGUCCCAGAGAGGUGCAGGGGAGUUGUUGCGCUAGCCCUGAAACCCGGUGUAGACCUCCGAUUUACGCUCUUGGAACAGACUGCAUUAGAGCAGCUUCUUCAGUGCAUGCUUGUGACCAUGCGGCAACACCAAGGAAGACGGGGAGCUAAAGAGACCUCUUUCCCUCCUCCCCUCCUACAAAACAAUAUGAUCUCUGGCUUUUGACUUGUUUUUUAAGACUUCUGGCAAAGCGAUUUCAAUUCAACUGAAGGCUUUUGACUGUCUGAAACUUUACUGGAGGUUUUCGAGCAGAGAGUGCAUGGGCAUUAGUUUGCAGUGUUUUAGGAACAGGGAAUCCUUCCUCUGUACAUCUAUGUGUGUGGCUGGAUGUGUGUUGAACUAGGUUAGUUAGCAAUCAGGGCCCAUGGUCAGAGGUAAUAUCUUUUAUUAGACCAACAAGAUUUUUGCAAAAAAAAAGUAAAUCUUUAAUUGCAAGCUUUCAGGCACAAACACGCUUCAUCAGGCAUCAGAGCAAAGAUUGUAAAAGUUCUCCUGGGUAGAAAUGAAAGCGGUGUCCAGCCUCUGAUCUGCAGGCCACAUCUAGCCUGCAGAGUUGUGUCAUCCAACCCAUGGUGUGUCCCACAGAUCCAAAAAAUUGGUGGUGGGGGAGCCAUGGCAGCAUUAAUAGCUGCUUCCCUGCUGCCAAAAUUUCCAUCCCUGUGGGGAGCCUCGCAGGCUGGAUGAUGUGGCUCUGUGUGCCAGGGUGCAUGGGGUCACUCCAUGGCCAGAUCCAGUAUGUAGGGUCAAGCUAGCUUGAGGAAUCGGACCAAGGUUUGACUCUUGGGGGAUCUGCAACAAAAGUUAAACCAGUUAAUCGAUUAACAAGUCCGCCCAAGUGAAGGAGCAGUCUGAUCAGAGACCCCCCCCCCCCCAAGUUAUAAUUUGCAAAUCUUACAUGGGGGAAUCUCGUCUAGUUGGGGGGGCUCAGCCCCCCCCGGAGCUGCCCUUCAAUUUGCACCCUGGAUCAGACUGGCACAUGGCUGGAUCCAGCGUGCAGGGCUGGGAGGGGGCACGGGAUCCAACCUGUGGACUGGCCUCAUGCUACUCAUCCAGGCAGCGGGGCCAGAAGGUUGCACACCACUGAGCUAGGUGCAACCCAAGGGUCCUUCAAACCAGCAGUCUUAUGAAACAUCCUCACUGAUGUUCUUGUAAAGUUGGAAAGGGAGAGUUUCAGGCUGCACUUUAGAUGCAAGGAGAAUUAAUGCCAGCGGUGAUCUAUUGUUUCCUCUACAACAUCAGCGCAACCAGAAGAUGGAAGUACAAAGCACCUGCAUUGGGGUCCCUUGAUCUGAGAGUGUGUAGGGAAGCACCUUGCUGCCGGGGGAGGAGGGAGUCGUAUAUAUUUUUGCUCUUCUCAGAGACGGGCAAAGGGGGUUUUGUAGGUAUUGUCAUGCACGCUCUUGUGCAGCUCCUUGCUCUUGCACUCUCGCUCCUCUCUCCUGCCUGGGCUUGAUGGACAAGGGAGCUGAGGCUGGAAGGGGGGAAGGAUCUGUCAUUGCUGUGGAGGAUUCAGCCCGCGCUGUGAUCCCACCCCUUUGCUUGCUGCUCUUUGGGGCAGGCCUCUAAGUUUGCAGCCAUGGAGUGUCAGGAAGCUUUCUUGUCAACGCCGCACCGUUGAGAAGAUUUGUCCUCAAGUUCAAAGCAGCACUGGCCUCAGACGUGUGAUGUUUCCUGACCUUUCCCCUCUCCGGUGCCUCGGCCUGCUUUCCUUUGAGGUCAGCGUCAAAAUAGAGACGUAUGUUUCUGCAGCUUGACCAUGGCUCUGACGCUUUAGAUCAGGAAUCCUAUAGUCCAUUUGUCUUCCCAUCUGUCAAGCAGCAUUUGAAGCCAGCUUGCUCUUUCAGACAAGUGUGAGAGUCAGUAGCUUUUUUUUAAAGAAGGUUUCAGCCCAUAAAGCAUGUGCUAAGAUGCCACCUAUUAAGAUCCCGGGAUAGCACCUUGAAUAGAGAUCAAGCGCAACGGAGUUCACUCCAAACUUUAAUUCCAUCAGCUGGUUUAGAUGCGUGCUGUUGUGUCGCCCUGGAAAGUCAGACCAGGCUGCACUCCUGCCUUUGCUACUGAGUGACUUGGGGCAAGCGACUUAGGCACUUGUGUGUGUUUAAAAAGCAAAGCAAAACACUCAGCCCUCCUUUGUGUGGCUGUCCGGUGUUGGCGCACCAUUGUGCUUUCACUGGCACUGCUUGCUUAUUCCUUGACAGUGUGAAGUAAUGAGACCCGUCAAGAUUGCCUUACAGCGACAAGGCCUUCAUUUGCUUGGCCUCGGUCCAGCAAAGUGAAGGGGAGUUGGUUUGUACAGCACAGCUGUCAUACAAGACUGAGGGUAGUUGUUGGCCCUGUGCCUCAGUUUACUCCUCUGUACAAUGGCAAUAAAAUCAAGGCUACGGGGAGGUUUCAUUAAGAAAUGAGGUUAAAAAAAAAUCUAUGCAGCAUAAGGUACCGUCCUUGGUUAUUUCAGGUAGUAGUUUACCUUGUGUACUGCCCACCCCUGCUAACAACAGGAUCUGCCUUCUGCUGCAAGGCAGGGGGAGCGUUCACAGCGCCCAGGGAAGCAUCAUCUCUGCUGGGCCACCUUCCCGUAAACCCUCCUAAGAGCCCGGAGAAGGGACCAAAGCAAUCAGGACUCAUGGUGGAAGUGCUAUCUUUCAUUAGACACACUAGAUUUUUGCAAAAAAAAUAAUUUCUUGAAUUGCAGAAAAGGGGCCAUUCAUUUUUCCGAAGUAUUUUGCAAAUGCCUGUUAGAGGAUGCUUUGAAAUCUGGGGGGAGUCUCCUUUCUGGUGGCACACGUGGGUGGCAAAUGGGACGCAAAGCCAGAUCGGGUCUGGGUUUGGCCCUGACGUUGCAGCCGGCUAUCUCUGGUCCCUUUAUAGUUCAAUGUCGCCCAGUAGCGGAGGGGCAGGACGAUGGGCAGAUGCUAACAAAUGUUGCUCUUUGUUUACAGAGCCCAGAUGUCCCCGGAUAGCUGAGGAGCCCCAGGAGACCAGACUGUUGAGCCAUUGAUGGUUAAGCCCAACUUGACUCCCUGGAGUCAAGGCCACCAUAUGGUCCUCCCUUUGAAAUAGGACCUGUGCCAUAGGUAAAGUAUGAGCUGGACCCAGGCGUCGCUUUGAUGCCUAACGCCUUCAGGCAUCAGACACCCACUCUUCCGGGCUUCCUUUUGCCCAGAGCGGCUAUCCCAGUCUCAGGGCCCUGCGGAUUAUUUUUUGAUAGGUAAAAUAUGGGGUAUCUUGGGUGCAAUCGGUACAGAAAAUGAGCAAUGCCCUGUUUUCCUUUUGCUCCAGGGAGAGGAGAGUAUCUGGUUACCCAGCCCUGGCACACGGUCUUCUUGGAGGCAGUCUGAUGUCGCUGUGAUGUCAUCACAUACCUCACUUGCUACAAUAGGUCCGGGCCCUCCCCAUUUUUGCCUAAAGCUUAGUUUAAUCCUAUUUCAGUGGCAGAGAUACCUGCAUCUUUAGGGAGAGAAUUUGGCUUCGUGAAAGCUAUUUUGCUACUAGCAUCCCACGCGAGGAGGCUGGGGAGAGGGAGAGCGGGGACGGAGCCGGAUGGAUGUUGCAAAGAAAAAGCGUGCGUUGAUUUUGGGGGAUGUUUUCAAAUAUCCCUCCUCCCCAGGUGUUUUCCUGGGGAUAUUUGUCCAGGAAAAACAGUGUUUCUCUUGAAAGCGAGCAAGAGCCCAGUGAAUACUCCGUUUAUAAGGAACAUAAGUACCAGGAUUUUUCAGGCAUAUGCUUACAUUUGCUUGGGGGGUUUGCUUUGCUGACACAAGGGGUUAUAAAGAACCAAGGCCUUAUUGCAGCUUUUCAAUACUUCAGUCAUGCCAGCUGAGUGCAAAGCUAUCCUAUCUAACGGAAGUGCUCCCAGUCACCUUAUGAACAGCUGACGUGACAAAUCCCCAUUUUCUCUAGAUUCAGCUUUCCUUAUGCAGAUAAUGGUAUAGUUUUUCUUAGUCUUUGGUACCAGCAAAGUUCAGACUUACCAGUACAAGUCCUGAACUGUGCUCCAUAGAUGGCUGUUUGCCUUCAAAAGAAUUGCUCGGGGUCCCGGGAGAGGUGGCCUCGUCACCCGUGAACAGGGGAUGCUGCAGCAUCCACCGACUGAAAUACCUGGACACAAACCCAUUUGAUAAUACUUUUAAGCAGCAAAUAAUAGCAGGCGCAUUCAAGGUCUAAAUCCAUCCGCCGCUGAUAGUUCAGCGAGCUUUUGGCAGGGGUGACAUCAUACACCUGUCCUGGGCUGCUGUUGGGGAGUACAAUAGGAUUCGGUUGAGCAAUGAUUGCUUUCCAUCCAGUUAUGAUUCUCCUCUUGUCCAAGCCUUCUCCAGGCGGAGCUGAUCUGGAGUGAAGCCUGUUUUAGAAGGACAGCAGACUUGGUUAUGUGCAUUGACAGAUCAGAGAGCCAACCUGGGCCUGGCACUGGGGUCCAGCUCCUUCGGUGUCCCGUUUGCCACAGUUAUGAGCCAGAAGCCAAGCAGCCAAAAAGAGCUUACUUUGGCUGGACGGCUUACCGAGAUAGAAAGGUCCCUGCUUUCCUUCUACAUGUUUUGGACAGAGUUCGUGGCAAUUUUUUUUUCAGGGUCUUUGGGAGCUCCCAAACUUUUUUGCAGGGGGAGCCACAAGUUUCCUGGGAAAAGGACUAGGGGCAGUCCCUCCUUUUUGUGGGAGUACAGACUCCCCAGCCCUCCCUGUCACAAUCACGUGCCCUCAUUCCUUCCAUUUUCAAUCCCCGUGUCAUCCAGAGCAGCUGCUUGCGUGGGACGUUACCAUUAUUUAAUAUAUUUGUAGCUGUCUUUUAAUGCCAUUUAGCAGCUGGAAACAAGGAAGAAUCAGCAACCUUUCAGUAGCCACCUCUCCUGGGAGCCCCAGCAAUUGUUUUGAAGGCAAGGAGCGGUCUAUGGAGCACAGUUCAGGACUUGGCUAUAGCAUGGAGGUCCGUAUUCUGCUAUCGAGCUCUAUGACGGCACCCUUAAAACUACAGAUUUGCUUUUGUUCAUAUCCCUACUGCGAAUCUCGACUCCGUGUAAAGAAAUAAGCUCGGCUGAAUGACAACACAUGUUUGUCUCGUUAUCCACCCCCGCUACAGACUUCAUUAACUAUCAAGAGCACAGAGAUUUCGGGGGUGCCGGUUCCCCGUGCCGUAGUAACACGGUUUCCAGUAUCCCAAUGCAUUACUCUAUCUCUUUUACCCGUAUGCAGUCUGACAUGACUUUGCUCGCUUCUCUCUUGCCGUCUGGCAAAAUGCAGGAGCUGAUUGUUGCUGCACUUAACUGCAGCUCACAUAUUUUGUACACGGUAAAUUUGUGCCUGUGCUGGUCGUGCCUCGGUUAAAGUCUUUCUUACUGCUGGUGAUGGAAGUGUCUGCUGCUGCAAUGAAUUGCUCCCUUUAAUGCCAUUUGCUUUGCCUUUUCAGAAGUGUGUUACUUUUUAGUGCUCUCUGAGCCCACAGUAAAACUCUCUGGAGCGCACAGAGCUCUGUCUAUCAUAAACCGCCGUUAUACCACAUCUCAAGAAUUAAAGUUUAACUGUGGGCAGAUUCUAUUUUCAGAUAGCAUUGCGUGGAGACUAUAUUUUCAAAAGCAUUAACUCAAACCACACUGAUGCACAACUGUUUUAAAAUGUAAGAAUUCGCACAUGUUUUUUAUUAGCGUACACAUAAAACUGGAGCAUAAUACAGUAGGAUUUGGCAAUAAAACGGGGUAGUAGAUACAUAAAUUUUA